ACCCGUUUACUUUUGAAUAUAGCCUCUUGAAGUCUAUAAACUGCCACUUGAAGUCUAUUAUCUAUACUAGGGUUUCUUCACUACAAAAUCCCGUAUCUACGCAAUCCAGAUCAAUUGAAAAGCCAAUCUGAAAGGGCAUCUGAAUCUUUCAAUUUGUCUGGUUCGUUGUAUUUUUCUAUAUUUGUCAAACUAUAACCUGAACCAGACAAACCAUAUAAUAAAAAAAGAUUGAGAAUGUGACCUAUUAAAGACAAAACCAAUCCAAACAAGUGUAGGUUUCGAUUCGUUCUAUACAUAGAUCUUAAUUAAACCGAAACAGUAAAGACUAUUUCCGAGUCCAUGCUAAAUUUCUCAAAAACUAAUCAAUGUACAAAUUACUGGUUAAGCAAUGGAGUUCCAAGAAACAAAAAACGUUUUUUAGAAAAGGGUUAAAAAACGUUUUUAUGCAAUAGGAUUAGAUCAUUCAGAUUAUAUAAAAAAUGAAAUAAUACGAGCCGUUCACUACGCUCACUGAAACUACACCAUCUUAAUUUGCUGGAAAAUAGGCCCUAGGAUGUUUGCAUUCUUUGUUCAACAUAUAUAUGAUGCUUUGAAAUCUACCAAGUUGCAACUAAGAUAAGCCAUAUGAACAUUGAGUAAAUUUAAAAAAGUCAAUGAGCCAUUACUCAUGUUCUGAAAGAUCGAUUGAGAAUUUGUUUUUAUUUGACAUUUCCACAAGAUUUGAACUUCAUAACCUAUACAAAUUGGACUUUAAUAGUUGCAUGCCUUCCCUACAUGUGAAAACAAUAAAACAAAAAGCAUUACCAUCAUAUUAUUUUUUGGUAAUGCUUUUAGUUGUAUUGUUUUCUCUUAUAGUUAAAUCUUAAUCUGAUGGGAAAAAAAUGUAGCGAGUAUAUACGAUGUUUGGUUUUUAUUUUAUAACAUUAACUAGUUACAAUCUUGUAUAAAUUAGAAACAUAAAGCUGGACAAAACUCUUGUAAUAUGUUAUUUUGAGAAUUAUUUUAUUUAGAACUAACCAUUUGACGGAUACUAUAACACUUAGAAACCAUAUAUAUUAAAAAAAUAUAUGUUAGAGCAUAUAUAUACUGAGAUGUAACAAGAUUUAGGAAGAUUUAAGAUUGUCAACUUAUCAUUUCGUUUCAUAGUGAGCAAUGAGGAUAACCUAUGAACUAGACAAUAGUUAUAUAUUAUAUAAAGUUCAGAAACGUUAAGGCAUGCAUAUAUUAUAUAAAGUUUAGAAAAGUGAGGGCACUUUUGUAGGACUUAUAUUAAGAUAGUAAUUAUUUCAUUUGGUGAGUCGACCACAUGAAAUGCUCAAGAGACAUUUUAAAUCGUUAAAAGACAUUUUGACGCUUUCCCCAUCAUUGAUGUGUACGGCCUUAGGCCUUUUUAGCUAUUGCUACUGGCAUGCCAACUGUCAACCUUCGUAUAUAUAUCACCAAUUUAGAACAAUUUCACAUAAUACUUUUUAUAUAACCUGCCCAAUCUAUCGAAAACCUUUUUACGAAAUGAUACUGGAAAUGAAACGUUUUUCUUAUGAUUUUUUUACUCAGUAUCAUUUUUUGUUAAAACAUUGUACUUAAUUCAUAGGAAAGACUUUGCGGAUGUUGCUUGAUAAAACCUCACGACUUCUGUAUCAAAAUACCAAAAUAAAAAAAAUGUCGAUUGAUAAAUCAGAAAGGAUUAGGUAUUUAGGUUUGUUCUGGGGUUAGUAAAUACACUUAUAACUUCUUGCAUAGCGUAUGUGUAAGGCAAAACUCAAAACAUAAAUGUGGUACGCAAGUAAUGAACUAAUGAUCAAGCACGUAAUAGCAGCUACAUUAUGGAGAAAGAAUAUGAAAUUAGUUCUCAAAUUCUAAAACUGAAUUGCCUUAUCUUUUUCCGCCGUUUAUAACCAAAAUAUAUAAGUACACAUUUCAUCUUUGGACCCACCUAACCCUACCUACAAUAGGAUGUUCAUAUUCCCCCGGGCUAUAUAUAGUUGCAUUUCUCAAUCUCCCAAUGCACCAAACACACAACAAAGAGCAAUAAACAAUUCUCACCCCACUCAAGAUCUUUCAUCCUACUCUCAACAUCUAAAUGGCUUCUAAUGAAGAAGGCUCUAUUGGAACCUCCUUGCAUGGAGUCACUGCAAAAGAACACGUCUUCUCCUUCUCUGCCGAUGCUUCAUCCCAAGUUGUCCCAUCGAACGACCCAACUUCUAAAUUCGCCCUUCCUGUUGAUUCGGAACACCGGGCCAAAGUGUUCAACCCACUCUCAUUUGCUAAACCUCACAUGAGAGCCUUUCACUUAGGAUGGAUCUCAUUCUUCACUUGCUUCAUCUCAACCUUCGCCGCUGCACCUUUAGUCCCCAUCAUCCGUGACAACCUCGACCUCACCAAAACCGACAUCGGGAACGCAGGAGUAGCCUCCGUCUCCGGUGCCAUUUUCUCAAGGUUAGCCAUGGGAGCGGUUUGUGACCUCCUCGGAGCACGGUACGGAACCGCCUUCUCGCUCAUGCUAACCGCUCCAAUGGUCUUCACAAUGUCGUUUGUGACCGGCCCGGUUGGAUACUUAGCCGUCCGGUUCAUGAUCGGGUUCUGCCUCGCCACGUUCGUGUCUUGCCAGUAUUGGACCAGCGUCAUGUUUAACGGGAAGAUCAUAGGGCUAGUGAACGGCUGUGCCGGUGGGUGGGGCGAUAUGGGAGGUGGAGUUACUCAGCUACUCAUGCCAAUGGUCUUCCACGUCAUCAAGUUGGCAGGAGCCACUCCGUUCAUGGCUUGGCGCAUAGCAUUCUUCGUCCCUGGCUUUCUUCAAGUAGUAAUGGGCAUCCUCGUCCUCACUUUUGGCCAAGAUCUUCCUGAUGGUAACCUCAGUACCCUUCAGAAGAGUGGUCAAGUCUCUAAAGACAAAUUCUCCAAGGUUUUCUGGUUCGCUGUGAAGAACUACAGAACAUGGAUUCUAUUCGUUCUUUAUGGAUUUUCCAUGGGAAUUGAAUUAACUAUCAACAACGUUAUCUCCGGAUAUUUCUUCGACAGGUUUAACCUAAAACUUCAAACAGCCGGUAUUGUAGCAGCCAGCUUCGGAAUGGCAAACUUCUUCGCCCGUCCCUUCGGUGGCUACGCUUCUGAUGUAGCAGCCAAACUAUUUGGCAUGAGAGGCCGGUUAUGGAUCUUAUGGAUCUUUCAAACCGUGGGAGCUCUCUUUUGCAUCUGGCUAGGUCGUGCUAAUUCACUUCCCAUUGCAGUUUUAGCAAUGAUACUUUUCUCAAUCGGUACACAAGCCGCUUGUGGAGCCCUCUUCGGGGUUGCACCAUUCGUCUCUCGCCGCUCUCUAGGGCUCAUAUCGGGACUAACUGGCGCCGGAGGAAACUUCGGAUCCGGUUUGACUCAACUGCUUUUCUUCUCAACUUCGAGGUUUAGUACAGCGGAAGGACUCUCGUUGAUGGGCGCUAUGGCGGUUUUGUGCACGCUCCCGGUUGCGUUUAUACAUUUUCCGCAAUGGGGAAGCAUGUUUCUGAGACCGUCGAGGGAUGGGGAGAGAUCCAAGGAGGAGUAUUACUACAGCUCUGAGUGGACAGAGGAUGAGAAACGACAAGGGUUGCACGAGGGAAGCAUCAAAUUCGCUGAGAAUAGUCGGUCUGAGAGAAGCCGGAAAGUAGCUUUAGCUGACUUUCCGACACAGGAGACUGGAAAUCAGACUAUUGUUUGAAGACAAUUCGCAAGAGAUAUUUCCUUAUAUAUGCAUAACCAUUUUAUAGUUUCAAAUUCGUGUCAUAACGUAUCUGAUUUCGGCACUUACGUAUAUAAGUUACUGUAAUCUCGUUUCAGUGAAAGGCAAAGAGUAUUCAACAAACAUCUUUUUCAGCAAUUAGAAGCAAUUUUCAGUCAGAUGUGUGUCAAGGGAUAACAAGAAAAAAUGUUCAUCCAUUAAGAUGCAUGAAGUGCUUAAGAGUGCACAUGAAAACUUUAUGAAACCAAGACUACGGAAGAAGCAAUCUAAAGAGUAAGUCUUCACAUCACUGAAACA